CUUUGGGCAACAUUAAUUGCUUUAUCUUCAAAAACUGGAAUCCAACCACAAAAAAUACCAAAAAAGAAAGAAAAGAAAAACAGAGAGAAACAGGGGAAAGACAGGCAGAUAUUUAAUAUUGAAAACAGAGGACCCCUCACCCCUUCUUCCCUCUCUUCAUCAUCUUCCCCUUCUUUCUUUUUAUAUAAUUAAGCUUGGCUCUGGUGGAAGGAGACGUUUCCUCGUUUUUCAGCUGUUUGUAAUCUUCUGACACACUUUCAAAUACCAUUUUUUUUCUCUCUCUCACACACACAAGCUUCUCCCCAACCUCUCUAUCUCUCUCUCUCACAUCCACACACACACACACAUCUCUGUUUCUUUCUCUCUCUAAAAGGUUCUAUAUGUGUUCCUUAUAUGUAUAUAUCCAUAAGGCGAGUGGCUGCCUGCAUCAAAUGAUUUGAAAAGGAAGGUCAAAUCAAUGAAGUUCCCCUGUUUUGAUGCAUCCGCAGGUACCUCACCCAAAAGCCAUAAAAGAGAAAGAUAGAGAAAGAAAGAGGGGGGAGGAGAGAGCGUCAUCUGUACAAGCGAACUCACUGUUCAUAAUUUCUAUCUGAUGUGUGUCUUCCUCAUCAAUCCACAUAUAUAAUGUUAUGAGUAAAGAGGAAAUAUAUAUACACACACAUAUAUAUGUGGUCAUAAAUGUAUAUGGGGUGUGUGGAUAAUGAGUGAGAGUAAAGAUGGGCAUCUUUUUCUCAGCCUUUUUAACCCAUCUCUGUCUUUAAAUAUUUUUCCCCUUUUCAGUGCCAGAGAGUUGCAGAGAUUUUAGUCUGACAAAGGGGGCUUAAUUUUUAAUUUCCACCCUCUUAACUGCAGAGUUUGAUCAAUCCAUACAUAAGAUCAUCUAAUAUAUAAACAGGUACGUGGCUUCGGUUUUUGGGUUUCCAUCUAUCGCUUCUCUCCCUUCUCAUAUAACUCAAUUUUCCAUAAUUGUAUAUGAUCAUCUGCUUGCUCUCUCUCUCUCUCUCUCUCUCUCUCUCUGUUCUUCUGAUGGGCUUUGGGUCACUGUAAGUAAAAUUCCCCAUCCUUUGCAGAGCGGGCGAUGAUGAAGCACGUGCACACUCAGAUUUCCAUCACACUAGGUACAAAUAAUAUUUUAACUAAUACAAUAAUCUACCCUUUUCCCUCUCUCUCUCUCUCUCUCUCUCUCUCUCUGGGGUCUCUCUUUCCAUCCCUAUAUACCUAUAUAUAAACAGCAGAGCUAGAUGUACUACACCCUUUUCUUCUUCUUCUUCUUCUUCUUCUUCUUGGCAUGCUCUCCAAGCUGUUGAAGAUGAAGAAGUAAGACAUAAUUUAAACAUACAUGAUACAUGGGAUCUUCUCAGACCUAGAACUAGAAGAGAUCAAAACUAGCUAAUUAAGUAACCAUGGCGAUUCUCAGUUCUAUGAUACUGAAUUCUCUGAAGAGACUGUGGCACUUGGCAUAGAGUACCAUCCCCCAGUUUUCACAAUUAUUGAUACAGCGAUCGAAUGGGCUGAAUCAUCCACCUGCACCCCUCUUCAAUUUUCAUCCCGAAAGUGAAAUAAUCAGAAUACAUUAAUUCAAAGCCGAUGGCGACGUACUUCCAUGGAAACUCUGAAAUUCAAGGCGACGGAUUACAGACCCUCAUUCUGAUGAACCCUGGAUAUGUCGGAUACAACGAUUCCCAGUCUCCCGCCGGCAAUUUCGUCUUUCUCAACUCCACCGGCAACUCCCUCAACCCCCCUACCAUUACCCACGCCCUGCCCUCUCACACCCAGCAGUUCGUGGGCGUCCCCGUUCCUUCCGCCGCCGCGUCGGCACCCCCUCACGAUCCCAACUCUUCUUCCGUCCACGCCCAACACGAGAUUUCCACCCUGCCCGGAUUCCUCCCCCGCGCGCAAUACAACAUAUGGAACUCAAUCGACCCCACCGCCGCUGCGCGUGAGGUUCCACGCUCCCAGCAGGGGCUCUCUCUGAGCCUUUCUUCGCAGCAACCGGCUUAUGGGUCGCCGGCGCCGGCUGUCCCUCCCGCUAGCAGCGGUGACAACAUGCGAAUUUCUGGCGGGUCGUCGUCGUCCGCGUCGGGAAUCACGAACGGGGUUUCGGGUAUGCAGAGUGUUUUGUUGAGCUCCAAGUAUCUUAAGGCUGCGCAGCAGCUUCUUGACGAAGUGGUUAACGUCGGCGGCGGGAUAAAGACUGAAUCGACUAAGGGGGCUAAUGGGCAGAAUAGGAUGAUGGGAGAAUCAUCAGCGGCUGUGACUAUCGGAGAAGGCCUUGUUGCCGGAGAAGCGAUCGUGAAACGCAGCGCCGAGCUUACGACGGCAGAGAGACAGGAAAUUCAGAUGAAGAAAGCAAAGCUUGUUACCAUGCUUGAAGAGGUGGAGCAGAGAUACAGACAAUAUCACCACCAAAUGCAGAUUGUGAUUACUACAUUUGAGCAAGUGGCAGGAAUUGGGUCGGCAAAAACAUACACUGCACUUGCUCUUCAAACAAUCUCAAAGCAGUUCCGGUGCCUGAAAGAUGCAAUUUCCGGCCAAAUUAGAGCUGCAAACAAGUCCUUGGGCGAAGAAGAUUCCUUAGGAGGUAAAUCUGAGGGUUCAAGACUCAAAUUCGUCGAUAAUCAGCUCCGGCAACAGCGAGCUCUUCAGCAGCUGGGAAUGAUCCAACACAAUGCUUGGAGACCCCAAAGAGGAUUGCCCGAAAGAUCGGUCUCGGUUCUUCGUGCCUGGCUCUUCGAACACUUCCUCCACCCAUAUCCCAAGGAUUCAGACAAACACAUGCUUGCAAAGCAAACAGGGCUUACCAGAAGCCAGGUGUCUAAUUGGUUCAUUAAUGCUCGAGUUCGACUCUGGAAGCCAAUGGUGGAAGAAAUGUACUUGGAGGAAAUUAAGGAACACGAACACAACCAAUCUGAUGACAAGACCAGCAAAAGCGAACUCCAAGAGGACUCAACAUCCAAAUCCACUGCCCAGCAGGAGAAGAAUCCUGUUACAGAAACCCAGAACAAUGCUCCCCCGGUAAUUUCCAUGUCCGCAGCUUCAGCAUCUCCCGCCGGCGGCGGCACCAGUCGAAGCCACUCCGGCUUCACCCUCACCGCCUCCUCGGGAAAUGGAAUUGAAGGAAUCGCACAAGGAAGCCCCAAGAAACCCAGAAGCAGUACCGAAACUCUACAAUCUCCGAACAGCGUUCCGUCCAUGGACAUGGACGUUAAGCCCAGCGAAGCAAAUGUUGAACUGAUGUCCAUGAAAUUUGGGGGCGAGAGACAGAGCAGAGAUGAGUACUCGUUAAUGUCGGCCCCUGCAAAUUUCAUCGGCGGAUUUGGGUCAUACCCAAUUGGGGAAAUCGGAAGGUUCGACACCGAGCAAUUCCAUCCAAGGUUUUCCGGCAACGCAGUUUCCCUCACUCUGGGCCUCCCUCACUGCGAGAAUUUGUCCUUAUCGGGAGCCCAUCAUAAUUUUCUCCCAAAUCAGAACAUCCAGUUGGGAAGAAGGGUAGAAAUCGGAGAACCAGACGAGUUUGGGAACAUGAGCAUGGGAAUGAGCAUGGCGACGCCGGCGCACUCUACCGCCGCCUAUGAUAGCAUCAGCAUUCAGAACCGGAAGAGGUUCGCGGCGCAGUUGCUGCCGGACUUUGUCGCCUGAGAAUAAAUCGAGACAAUGCAGAAGGUAUAAAGGAGGAGGAGGAAGAAGAGAUUCAGUUAGUAUAGGUUUUUAUACAUUGCAGAGAACCAUUUGAGUUCUUAAGACAGCUUAGAAUUUGAGAAUAUAUGGUUGAAGAUUGUAUAUUAUUUUUGUAGUUGUAUUAAGAAGAUGAUAGAUGGAUUGAUGUCAUAGUAUUUAAAAAAAAAAAACCAAAAAUUAGUAAUCUGGAUAUACCAAUAUAGAUUGAUUUGGAGUGAA